UACAGAAACUUCAAAGCAAGAAGUCACUUUUAUUUAAAUCUGUAAACAGAACCCAAAAGUGCCUCUGUCUCUUGCUCUCGCUGUCUCGCACAAUCGGUCAUCUCUCUCUUUAUGACGCGUUUCAAUGGCGGCUGUUGUAGCUGAAACUUGUUCACAUAUAUCUAAUCUGAUCUCUAAAUUUCAUUUCUUUUCACUCUAUCCUCUGAACAAACACAAACCCAUGUUCUCUCAUGUCUUAUUCUUCUUCCUCUUCUUCUUUGUCUUCUCUGUAUCCUGCUUUAUCUCUCUCUUUUUCCUUUAUAAGAAUUUCAGCAGGCCAAAGCGAGAGGAACAGAACCAGAACGGUGAAACUUCAGUUAUAAACUGUUCUUUGUCCAAAAUAAUCGAUGAAACUCACAAAACCCGUGAAAAUGACUCGAUCCAUUUGACUCAUUCGCUUCUUCUGGACAUCUUACCGUCCGAUUCUCCUAAAUGGGCCACUCUGUUUGGCAAUCAGCCUGAUGAAACGAGUUCGGGUCAUGACAAUGAUAGAGACGGGUCUGUAGGGGAUUCCCAGAAAGUGAAAAAGAAGAAGAAGAGGACGAAGAAGAAGAGAUUGGAUUCCAAGAGUGGAGAAAAUGGGGUUGAAGAUAAGGGCUUAGAGAGACAAAGAGAAGGUUUGGAUUCGGGGUUGCGGCAGGUCAAGCCGGAGUUAGUUUGCUUGUACCCUUUUACCUCAACGAGUAGUGCCACGCAAAGGAAGAUCAAGCAGCAGUAUGAUCAGCUUGUUAAGUGCAAUGAAAGCAAGGGAUUGACAUUGGCACAGGUUGCAGAAUUUGCUAAUUGCUUGAUUGAAGCAAAAAAUGAGUUGCAACACAAGUCUGAGGUCAUCCAACGCAAGUUCACAAUAACAAGGGCUCUUCUAUUCAAGGCAGACAGGUCUUCAAUUGAUCGCCUUCGUCAACAGAUUUACAAGCUGGAGCUUGAACAAAAGAGAUUAGAAGAGGACACAUUUGUUUAUAAUUGGCUCCAACAACAACUUAAACUCUCACCAGCAUACGAAAAGAUGCUUGAAAUCAGUACCAGCAUGGAGUUGAAGGCCAAGUCUGGUGAGCUGAUUGAGAACAAAGAUACUGAAGUUGCUGAUAUUUCCUUUGAAGAGCUAUUAGCACAAGAAAAGAAGGAUGCAUUUUGGCAGAAAAAUGGGAAAUCAAGAUUAUACUCAAGCCAAUGAUAACGUCUGUUUGAUAAACUGUACUGAAGGAUGGACCUUUUUGUAGUAUGUAUUUGUGAUACCCAACAGUCGCAGGAAUUUUUUUCACUGCCUGUGCUUCUUUGGGUCUCCUUUGAAGAGAAUUGAGGCCAUGAUGCAUUGAAUCGUGAUCUCAUCUCUUCUCCCUAGUUAGUCCUUAAUAU